GCUAGGCAACAAUCUCUGUUGCGAGGGCGAUGCACUAAGGUGUUCUACCAGAUCCGGGGUUUCUCGAGAGAAAGCAGGGAGUCCAAGACUGGUGAGAAGCCUGGAAUACAUUUUCAUCACGCAAUUCCAUUUUACCUGUAAAGGAAGAAACUAGAUUUUUAUAACACUCCAGGCCUUAGCCAUGGAGAAGAACGAUGUAAUCAACUUCAAGGCCCUGGAGAAAGAGCUGCAGGCUGCCCUUGCUGCUGACGAGAAGUACAAAAGGGAGAACGCAGCCAAGUUACGGGCAGUUGAGCAAAGGGUGCCUUCCUAUGAGGAGUUCAGAGGUAUUGUUCUUGCAUCACACCUGAAACCUCUGGAACAAAAGGACAAGAUGGGAGGAAAGAGAUUUGUGCCCUGGAAUUGUCACACUACUCGGGAAAGGACUUCUCAAGAUGUGGUCACUGAAAUACCCCAGUUGCAGAGCGGCAAGAAGAGCUCUGAACCUGUUUCCCUUUGAAAUGCAGGAGAAAUCACCCUUCCAGCCCACCACCUCUGCAGAAUUUUACCGUGAUUGGCGGCGACACUUAAGAAGUGGGCCAGAGCGCUACCAGGCCCUACUUCAGCUUGGGGGGCCCAAGCUGGGCCACCUCUUCCAGAUGGAUGUGGGCUUUGGACUUCUUGGGGAGCUGCUGGUGGCAUUGGCUGAGCACGCGAGGCUGAGCGACCGGACAGCAGUGCUGGGGAUUCUGCACAGCCUGGCUAACACUGGGCGGUUCAACUUGAACCUGAGCCUGCUGAGCCAUGCAGAGCGAGAGAGCUGCCAGCGCCUGUUUCAGAAGUUGCAAGCCAUGAGCACCACCAGACCCAUGCAGGAGGGCCUCACUGUGGAGGAGCCAUCUGCUGGGCUACAGGGAGAAGAAGGGCUCCUACAGGAGCUGCUAGAACUGUAUGGAGUCCAUUGAUAGGACUGUUUGCCCUCAGCAUUCCUCAGUGGUCUCAGAAGGCAUUUUAAAAAGACACUUUAUGUGUAUGAGUGUUUUUCCUACAUGUAUGUAUGUAUGUCCACCAUGUGGGUACCCAGUACCUGAGGAGGCCAGAACUAGGUGUUAGAGCCUCUGAAAGUGUAAUUACAAAUGGUUGUGAGUUGCCUUGUGGGUGCUGAAAUCAAACCCAGGUCCCCUGGAAGAGAAGCCAGUGUUCUUAACCGCUGAGCUAUCUCUCCAGGCCCCUUGGAAGGAAUCCUGUGGUGUUUACUUUGUGCCUUCUGCAGAGUUGUUGAAAGAAUGGUUGUGAGAAAUUCACAGCGCUUCCCUUUUCAAGUAGUGGGCUUUCCCACUUCCCCAACCCAUAAUUUGAUCUGUGUGGAUCCCCAGGAUAGCCAGUGGCUCAGCUGGCUGAGAGUGUUUUGCUGCCUGCCACGCCCCUAGUGUCAGAUAAGCUCUGAUCAUAACUCCUAACCAGACUAUUUAUAACCCAGAGCCAGUGAAUGAACAGCUCAUCAAGAAGCAAACGCCCCUUCAUCUGAGAUGCACAAUUUCCCCCGCUUCCCAGGGACUUAAUUCUCCCACAGGUUGAGCCUGGGAAAUCCCCAAACCUUUGGCUCAGGUCUGGCUAGCAUCCCAGAUGACCAGCUGUGCAAGUGAGGGUUUCCCAUUAUCUCUCGGAUGGAUGAAAGGAUGUUCUUUUGGGCAGGGCAGGGCAGGGCAGGGCAGAGGGCGCUUCCAGCCCAUUCUAGAUUCCCCUGGCCCAUUUUUGGGUAAGUGCCAGUGUUCUAGAAAGGUGAGAGUGCGAAGUUCUAGAAUGAUUUUCCCCUCAAGAUCAGGCCUGACGCAUUAGCAUUAGAACGGCAUCUUGUACUUGAGCUGGGAAUAAAUCACCUCGCCCUUGG